GCUAAGUAGAUUGCAAAACGGUGCGUUUAUACGUGAAGUAUUUUUGUUCUCGUUCUUCUUAAUUCUCUCAGUCGCAUUAGGGUUUUCAAAUCUGAAAUUCCUUUUCUGAUCGAAGAAUUCUCCGUUCAAUUGAUUGAUAUGGCAGACGAAUCGAUCAAAACCGCUUUCGUUGAAAUUCAAGGUCGUAUGAUAGAAACUACAAGGAAAUUAAAGCAGGUGCAAACCCAGAUACGUUCCAAAGAAACAGACAAGAAGCGUGCUUUUUUGACAAUGGAGGAGCUGAAGCAGGUUCCUGACGAUACUAAUGUCUACAAAUCCAUUGGAAAAACGUUUGUAUUGGAGAAGAAGGCAACGUUAAUGAACGAACAGGAGAACAAGUUCAAGGAUAGUGAAACUUCAAUUACCGCAUUACAAAGCUCAAAAGAAUACUUGGAGAAGCAGAUUGCAGAGGUGGAAAACAAUUUGAGAGAACUGUUACAACAAGAUCCUGGUCUUGCUCGUCAAAUUAUGUCAAUGAAUGUGUAAUGUAAAUUAUCCAUUAUUGAAAUUUACUGGCAGUGGGGGGUUUUGAGCGAAUAGAAACAUUUAGGACAUGUGAAACUGUGAGGAUAUCUACUGCCUAGUACGUGUGUUCAUGGAUGGUUUUCGAUCCCUCUCGAAUGUUGUCUUUAUAGGGAUGAUUGUAAUUUUUCAUAAUUCUUAGAAUAAUAGAUUAUCCUAUUUUCUUACAUGUUAGGGAAUUCUUAUUAGCAAUGUGCUGCGACUUUAUUUAUGCAGACAAUUUCUUAACAGUGGUGUAUGGCUCUUAUGUGACUUGAGAAGGCUUUGCUGCACUUGAUGUAGCAGUUUUGAAAGCUUGAUAUUACAAAAGACAAUGUUGAGUUUGUUUUUUCCA